UGAGCCUCUGAAAACAAGAACUGAGAGUAAAACGUUUUUGGGAUCAGAAGAGAGUACAAGACAUACUCAAGAGAAUCUCCUUUUUUAUUCAUUUGUUACAGCAUCAUUAAAGUUUACGAUUCAUUAGAGUAAGUAUAAAAUGUCUAUCAGUGCCUGGUUUUAACUAUAAACAGUUGCAAGUUGUCCAGCACCGGUUUGACCAUUACAAAAAAAUAAUCAUUUUUUUUUUUAUAGUAACAACAGAGAAAUAAAAGCAGGCCAGGGAAUAAGCAUAAGAUGUGAUCAGAGUUUCAAGAUCUGGUACCAUUUCCUUGAGAUUGAGAAAAUGAAGAAGUGCGAUCUCUGUGACUCUCCAGCCAAUAUUUACUGUGACUCUGAUCAGGCUAGCCUUUGUUGGAACUGUGAUGCUCAGGUUCAUGGUGCAAACUUCCUGGUGGCUAAGCAUUCCAGAACCCUUCUUUGCCAUGUCUGUCAGUCUUUUACGCCCUGGAAUGGCUCCGGCCCCAAGCUCGGUCCUACCAUUUCUGCCUGUGAAAGUUGUGUCAAUAGCAAUGCUCAAAACGAGGCAGGAAAUGAAGGAAACGACCGUGAUAAUGAUCAUGGCGAUGCUGGUGGUGGUGGUGAUGAUGAUCGACCCCAUAGAGAAGCUUACACUGAGGAAGAUGACGAUGACGAUGACGACGACGACGACGACGACGACGAUGAUGGUCAUAGGGAUGAGGAUCAAGGAGGUGUUUAUGAAGACGAUGAAGAAAAUCAAGUAGUCCCAUUAUCUUCUACGCCGCCUCCCCCAGCCUCAAGUUCUGCAACGAGAAGAGGGCUUUCCUGAUACAAGAACCCCAUUUUCAUGGGAGGGUACCAGUUAGAAUGCAGAGUUUUAAAAAUAAUAUCAAUCUCUGGACAGAUGCAGUAUUCAAAAGUAGAAUGAUCAAGGAUGCCGGUUCUCUCAGCUAAGCCUUAGAAUCGCAAAAGAACUGUGACAAAGCAGAUUUGGGAAUGCUGAAGCAAGGAAAGACAAAGAGGAGGAGGGUUCCUGAAGAUAUAGAAGCAUGGUUGCCAAGACUGGAUGUUUCAUUCCUCGAUGGUUUUUUUACCAACCUCGUCUAGCCUUCAACCUGAUUUCAGGUA